CAGCCCAGCCGAGCGCUAUGCGCAAACUCGGCCCCUGGCUCAAGAUGGCGGCGGCGGAUAAACAGAAACAUGAGCACGGGCGGGUGAAGAUCGGGCACUACAUCCUGGGCGACACGCUGGGGGUCGGCACCUUCGGCAAAGUGAAGGUCGGCAAACAUGAGUUAACUGGGCACAAAGUUGCAGUGAAGAUCCUGAAUCGACAGAAGAUUCGCAGCCUUGAUGUUGUAGGAAAAAUCCGCAGGGAGAUUCAGAACCUCAAACUCUUCAGACAUCCUCAUAUAAUUAAACUGUACCAGGUCAUCAGUACGCCAACUGACAUUUUUAUGGUGAUGGAGUAUGUAUCAGGUGGAGAGCUGUUUGAUUAUAUCUGUAAAAAUGGAAGGCUUGAUGAGAAGGAGAGUAGACGUCUGUUCCAGCAAAUCCUUUCUGGUGUGGAUUACUGUCACAGGCAUAUGGUAGUACAUAGAGAUCUAAAACCUGAAAAUGUGCUGCUUGAUGCACACAUGAAUGCCAAGAUAGCUGACUUUGGUCUAUCAAAUAUGAUGUCAGAUGGAGAAUUUUUAAGAACAAGCUGUGGUUCCCCUAACUAUGCUGCACCAGAAGUAAUUUCAGGAAGAUUAUAUGCGGGUCCAGAAGUAGACAUCUGGAGCAGUGGGGUUAUUCUUUAUGCUUUGUUAUGUGGAACACUUCCAUUUGAUGAUGAUCAUGUGCCAACACUAUUUAAGAAGAUAUGCGAUGGUAUCUUUUAUACUCCUCAGUACCUGAAUCCAUCUGUAAUUAGUCUUCUGAAACACAUGCUACAGGUGGAUCCAAUGAAGAGAGCAACAAUCAGAGACAUUAGGGAACAUGAAUGGUUUAAGCAGGACCUUCCCAAAUACCUGUUUCCUGAAGACCCAUCAUAUAGCUCAACCAUGAUUGAUGAUGAAGCCUUAAAAGAAGUGUGUGAAAAGUUUGAAUGCACCGAAGAUGAAGUGUUAAGUUGUCUAUACACACGAAAUCAUCAGGACCCUUUAGCAGUUGCUUAUCACCUAAUUAUAGAUAAUAGAAGAAUAAUGAAUGAGGCCAAAGACUUCUACUUGGCUACAAGCCCACCAGAUUCUUUCCUUGAUGAUCACCAUCUGUCUCGCCCUCAUCCUGAAAGAGUGCCAUUCUUAGUAGCUGAAGCACCACGUCCUCGCCAUACUCUUGAUGAACUGAAUCCACAGAAAUCAAAGCACCAGGGUGUAAGAAGAGCUAAGUGGCAUUUAGGAAUAAGGAGCCAGAGUCGACCAAAUGAUAUCAUGGCUGAAGUUUGUCGAGCAAUUAAACAGCUGGAUUAUGAAUGGAAGGUUGUAAAUCCAUACUAUUUACGUGUUCGAAGGAAGAAUCCAGUGACAAGUGCAUAUUCUAAAAUGAGUCUACAGUUGUAUCAGGUGGACAGUAGGACAUACUUACUGGACUUCCGUAGCAUUGAUGAUGAAAUUACUGAAGCAAAGUCUGGGACUACAACUCCACAGAGAUCAGGUUCUGUGAGCAACUAUAGAUCCUGUCAAAAGGAUUCAGAUGCUGAUGCGCAAGGAAAAUCUGCAGACACAUCCCUUACCUCAUCAGUGACCUCUUCACUUGACUCUUCUACAGCUGACUUAACUCCAAGACCAGGGAGUCAUACAAUAGAAUUUUUUGAGAUGUGUGCAAAUCUUAUUAAAAUUCUUGCACAAUAACUUCGAAGAUGGGCUUAUUUCUUUUACAGCAAUAAGCAUGCCUAAAUCAUAGUCAGAUGCUUCCAGUUAUAAUCAAGUUAAAUUAAGGCGCUGAAAAAAACUAGCCACAAAAUGCGAUUUGCACAGGGAUUGAAAUGAUUAUGGGCAGUUAGGUAUACUAUGUUGAAGCUGGAGUGCAUUCUGAUUGUCUGCUGUCCAGUAGUUUAAUGCAGGUACAGGAAAUCACAUGCCCUCUGGGCCAUGUUCAUAACAUUUCAUAUUGAGUGCACAUUAGGCUUCAUAGAACAUUUAAAUCACAAGGACUUUUUUUUGCUGGUGAUGCAUACAUCUGAUGCACUGUAAGUAAAUGUACACUUACUAUUUCAGUGACUGAAGUGUCGUGUUAGUCACCAUCUUCAAUUGUGCCUCAGUUGAUCAGAACUAUCAACUAUUUCUUAACAGUAAUGUGUUAAAACUACUGUUACUUCCCCCCUUUAUAUUUGACAGUGAGUGAUCAAGAUUAGUGUGCUAUAAUUUAAUAUCUUUAAUAACUGAUAGAUUUGAUCAAAUACAUAUGCUGGCAAAUCCAACCAGUUGAAAUGUCUUAAUGCAUGUACAUGCCCUGGAAAGCCUAAGGGUGAUAUUUCAGUGGGCUGUAAGCAGAACAGGUGAGACAGCAGUGGUUCUGAGAGGCUCAUACAAAGAAGACUUGGCGUUCCGUGAGUUGAAAAGAAAUGUUGCUCUGUGGAGAGCUGUCAGCAAGUUCCUGAUCUGUGUGGACUGACUAGUUCCCAUCUUAUGGUGGUAUCAGCCUAGCAGCUCCCCACUGCUACUGCAGGCUGAGCUGAGAGUCUUGUUCUUCAGAGCUAUGUGCAUGUAGUAAAUAGCACAGCCUAAUAGCUGCCAUGCUAUUCAAGAAUCUAAAAUUGAGUUUCUUAAAUGUAUAUUAAUACUUCCUGACACAGCUGUUGAUAUCAUUAGUUGACAUAGCAUAUACUGUAUAGAGUUCACUUUGCAGUUGAAACUACACAUAUAGAUCAGGUUUUCUGAAACCACCUUUAUAGCAAAUUUUGCUAUUAAUUUAAGAAACUAAUAGCACAGCUGAUCAGUUGAACACUUAAACUGAUUAUGGCAAGAAACUUGAGUGCUAAUAUUCAAAAAGCUUUCAGAAGUAGAUAGCGAUUGUUGAUGACAAAUGUUUCUGCAGUGUUUCAAAAAGAAAAUUGAUCCUUAAAAUCAUAGCUAGUACUUGCACAAAAGCAUUUAGAAUUUCUUCUAAAAUGGGAUGUACUUAUCCACAGUUCCUUUGUCAUCUAGCACUAAUGGAUGUAAACAUUAAAGUGUAUGCCAGAAAACAUCCUUAGUCUUGCAUUCAAGAACUAGUGUUCUCUUCAGAAUAAACUUGAUGACCUGUUCAGUUUCAGAGACUGCUCUCACGUUUACAAACUAGAAAUGAAGGCAUUAAAAUACAGAGUGAAUUCUAGACUCUUAAGGUAGAUGGGGAUUUUUGCCAAUGAGUUUGAGUUGGAGACUUCAUCCAUGACUGAGUGCUACCUACAGACUGUAAGAACAGUUUAACCUGGGACAGCUGGUUUCAGUCCAGAAGGUCAUCUGUUAAGAUAAUUCACAGAAUCUGAAGAAACUGUUUAAGCGCCAGGGAAUGCUAUAACUGCAUUCUGAACUGGACAAUUGGGUGGUCUGUCUAGUACCUAGGUAAAAGUUUAACACUUCAGCCCCUUGUGCUCAAGUAGGGUUGCAUAUGGUCCGUGUAAUGCAAGGUUAUACUGCUGUAUCUCAAGGUGGAAAGAUUUCUUUUAAUAAAGUUUUGAUUUUAUACUGCUGUGACUGAGAUGUUAGCAUAAGGGACCAACUGCAAAUUCUACUUUUAGCUCAUUUUUUCUUUAGUCUUGUAAGAAUUGGUUCUGAUGUGCUGAAUAAAUCAUUUUGAUCCUU